AUCUUAUCGAUGCAUCGGAACAUAUGCAAGCAGGUUAUGUAAAAUAUAAAACAUAAUUUUAUCAAUAAAAAAUUACACAAGGCAAAGCGGUUGACAAGCCAUGGUUUUCCUGAAUAUACCACUAUUGGUGCGCGCUCGCGGUCCUGAUGAGUUUUGGCGCAAAAGACGUAUUUUCAAAAUGGCAGCACAUUAUCGUAGUCGCACUCGCAAUGUCUAUUCCUUCGCCAUCCGAAGUGUCCACAGAGCCUUGGCGUACGCCACCAAGGGACGCAAGCUGAAGAAACUGGACAUGGCCCAGUUGUGGACGACUCGCGUUGAGGCCGGCUGCCAGCAGUAUGGCGUAGGCUUGGAAACCUUUAAGGAGGGUCUGGCGCGCACCGACAUUCUGCUGAACAAGAAAAUGCUCUCAGACUUGGCCAUUUGGGAGCCGCGCUCAUUCGAGGCCUUGGUGAAGAUCUCGCGGGAACGGGCCGCCGUUGAAGGCUUUCCCGACAUAAAGCAACGUUCUGCUUUCAAUCAGGUGUAUGGGCUGCGCAACCUGAAGUUGGACUAGCUUAAUCAUGAGUAGGAUUUCAAAUAUAGCUUUUAUAAAUUUUAACAGA